UAAUCGGAACUCACAUCACAAGCGUGUCAGUUUCGGUGUUAGUAGGACGUGCCGGCUCAAGUGCAACUCGCUGGAAGCACUCAGUUUUCAAAAAAUCAGUUGAAGGUAUUCCAAGCGGACGAACUUACACUUCAUCAUGUUGGUUGGAUCAGCAACUCGACUAAUCUCCGGAAGGAACGCCGUCCAAACUGUCUAUUGGAGAGUGAAAAAGGACGGAGCCACGACUCGACUUGUGAAGAGCAACAAAACCUGCACCUUCAACAAAAACACAAAAUACCCCAGGAGUAUGUUUCGGCCUAUUGAAAUGAAGUUCAAUAUAGCCCAGUGAUACUUAGAUCUCCCAGUUAACUUGUUAUUUGUUAAAUAGUUUUCGUUUCUGUAGACUUAACUUUAUCGAAUAUUAGUUAAUUAUUUUGAGUUGCGAAGGGAUGUUAAUUUGAUGUGUAAAUAAAGUAUUUAAUAACAUGACCUUUAAGGUCUAAAAAUUAA